AAGUCAGUCAGCUGAUAGAAGUUGGCGUUCAUCUUGUGAAAUCUUUUGAAGUCAUUUUUGACACUUGUUGAUCCACAUCUAAUAUUUCUCAAUUACUUCGUAAUUAUGGUUGUAUUUCAAAGUAUAACGGUGAACGAAUAUAAAAACAAUUACAUGACAUUCCAGUUGUUAUAUGCGUUUCAUCAGACACCUUUUGGAAAAUGUCUUGUCGCGAUAACUGACACCGACGAAGACGUAGCGUACCUAGGGUUCGUCGACGAUGAUGAGGCAAUGGCUCUUAGAGAUCUGACGGCGAAAUGGCCGUUGACUGUGGUAUCGAAGGAUACUGCAAACAAAACUGGGACUGUUAUCGAGAAGAUUUUUCAUUCCAACGACCUUCAUUCUAUUCACGUCCUCAUGAAAGGUACGGCAUUUCAAAUCAAAGUUUGGAAUUCUCUGAUCAAGAUCCCUGGAGGAACUGUCACGACGUACGAAGACGUCGCGCGGAUGGUGGACUACAGUUCCAAAGCUGCGAUAACGGUGGGAAAUGCAAUUUCCAGGAAUUAUAUUGCCUACGUUGUGCCGUGCCACCGUGUGGCAGCGAAGACGCAUACCCGGAAUGCCAAGUAUGCUUGGGGACUUGAAAGAAAGGAAGCUAUCCUGAAAUACGAGAGACAGCUGUUUGCGUAAAACAACAAAUAUAUGUGUAUACAAUAAAUAUAUUUAUAUAUUUUUAUAUGUGAGAUAAUAAAACCAUCACGAUAUGUGUAAAUAAAAUUGGUUUCGUGUAUGGUCUUUUUAAAUUUUGCACUUGCAUUUGAUUAUAUUCAGAGGACCAUACCUUCUCCUUGUCAAGUAUGCUUGUAAAUACUUGAGAAAGUAUUCUGGAACACAAAAAA